CUGUAUUAUCUGCAUAUUUAAAUGACUUGUCAAACUUGAAGAAAAUCUCACUUGGUAUUUACCUUCCAAGCUGGGUGUUCAAGCAGUUUUGUAACUUCAGCCAUUGAUGACUGAAAACUGACUGUGAAAAUGCUUUCAUAUGCUUUUCUUCUGCUGAGCUUAAUUUUGGCUCCUUGUCUUGCAUUACCUGCGCCCCCACCAGAUAUAGUUGAGGAAUGGAGGGACAUUCCAGAUAUAAACAAAGGUUUAAAUCUCAGAGAAGGAGACAUCAUGAUGCCUGAGGAAAGGAGCGCCAUUCUUGGGAAUCGGUGGGAUAUUCCUGUCCCCUAUGAGCUGCAUGUGAAUCUCAGUGUGAACUACAAAGGAGUCAUUUUGAGAGCACUUGAGCAGUUCAGACUGAAAUCAUGUAUUGACUUUAAGCCCAGAACAGCAGAAGAGAUUCCUUACAUCUCUGUGGAAAGUCUUAGAGGGUGUGGGUCAUAUGUCGGUCGUGUAUUUGCUGGAGCUCAGCCUCUUUCUAUUGGAGAUGGCUGUGGAUUAAAAUCCAUUGUUGAGCAUGAGUUUCUCCAUGCACUGGGAUUUUUUCACGAGCAGUCAAGAUAUGACAGAGAUGAUUAUGUGACCAUUAACUAUGAAAACGUCGUUCCAGGAUAUGAGGGCAGUUUCAACAAAGUCAGUGAGGAUGUGAGCACCACCGGAGGCACCCCAUAUGACUACUACUCUGUGAUGCAUUAUGGUAAAUAUGCCUUCAGCAACGGUAAUGGAACCACAAUCACUACCAAGCGUCCAGAGUUCCAAGAUGUGAUUGGUCAAUACAUAGAGAUGAGUGAAAUUGAUGUGAUUGAACUCAACAGACUCUAUAAAUGCAAUUCGUCCGUCUCUUUCCUUGAUCACUGUAGUUUUGAUGAUGAAUCUCUGUGUCAGAUGAGCGUCUGUUCUGCUGCUGAUUAUGGCUGGAAGAGAGUGACGUCAGUGAGUGGCAUCAGUGUGACUGACCACACAUACUUGGGCAAAGAACAAAAUGAGACGUCUUUCUUCAUGCACUUCAGCACUGAGGGCAGAAAUGAGGGGGACACAGCCAGACUGGAGAGCAAGACAAUGACCCCUAAAAGAGACUGCAAAGUCCAGUGCCUGCAAUUCUACUACUAUCACAGUGGUCAUGAGUCUGACCAGCUUAACAUCUGGAUCCGAGAGUACCAGAAUGAAGAAGACAACAGAGGAACUCUCACACUUAUGGAUCAGAUCACAGAACUCCCUGGUAAUUACUGGAAGCUGCAUCAUGUGCCACUGAAUGCAAAUAAAACCUUCCAAUUUGUAUUUGAAGCCCGUAAAGGAGCUGGAAACUCAAGUGGAGGAUUUUCGCUGGAUGAUAUCAAUAUUUCAGAGACUGAGUGUCCCCACGCAUGGCAGAUAAGAGACAUUGAGAAGAUUUUGAACAACACUGACAUUAACAUCCACAGUCCAUUGUAUUACUCCAGUGAUGGUUAUCGCUUUCAGGUUGCAUUUUCGUUGUGGAGUGGUUAUUACAUUAGUUUGUUUGUCCGUCUGGUAUCUGGAGUAUAUGAUGACCAGUUGCAGUGGCCUUGUCCAUGGAGACAAAUAACCCUUCAAAUUCUUGACCAGAACCCACACAUACAGAAGCGCAUGUCCUCUGAGCAAAGCUUCACCACUGACCCUACUUCGGGUCCUUCCAAUGUCAGUUAUUUUUGGGACAAUCCUCGAAAAAAUGAAAAUCAACAGAUCAUUGGCAGUGAGUCUGUGUUUGUGGGUACCUGGAUUUAUUCCCAUUACGUGGGAAAAGAUGCUUUCACCAUGAGAGAUUAUAUCAAGGGUGGUGACCUCAUAUUUUUAUUCACCAUGCAAGAUAUCUCAGGGCUUUUUCAGAAUCACGCUCUACCCUGCCCUAAAGUGACAGUGAAGAACUUCAACGUUACGUCUGAUGCAAGUGCCCAACAGGAAUCAUGUGCUUCAAGAGAUCUUCCUAUAACUGAGACGACUUCUACAACAACUACUCCUGCUACAGGAACUACAACUACACCAGGACCAACUGAGAGUGAAUGUGUGGACAUAUUUUGCAAUUCUGGUGCCAAGACGGCUUCCUCUCUGAUCAUCUUGGUGGUUUGCUUUCUUUUGGUAUUGAGUUAAUCAUGAGAAAUCUCUAUUAUAAGCCCUAUGUUUGAUGUUUCGAGUUCAGUGCCAAAGAGCUGCAUCUAUCUUCAGCUUUCUGGUACAUGCGUAUAAUCAUUAAAUGUGUAUUGUUAAUGUUAAUUAAUAUGUUAAUCUUUGCAUAAAUCAUAGUGAUUCAAGUGUAUUCAAGUGUGUUUUAAUGUGAAUGCAAGAGUAAAAAAUGAUUAUAAAAAAGGGAGACUAUGUACUUAGGUUAGGCCUGCAAAAGCAAGAUCUAGUGGCACAUGAUGGAGCUUCUGCUGCGAACAAGAGGACACACAAUUAUACGUUUAUUUUAGAUGUCUAAAUGAAGUGAGGAAAGUUUUCUGAUAACAUGCAUAAUAAUAACAGGCACCAUUUGAGAAGCUCAAAAAGAGCUUAGGUGGCUUAUGUUUUCUAUCAAGCUGUGAUUGGUUUAAGGUCACAAUUGUGUCUCAAUUAAUUCUUUCAACUUUCUCCCUCUUUGGUGACACAGAAUAUUGUACUAAGAUCAGUGGAUACACAAUUUGGUAUGAGAAUACAAAAUUUUAACAUCUCAGGAAGAAAUAAUAUACUGAUCUGUUGAUGAUGAUUGAGUGAUGAGUUGAUGGCCUUUUGCCGAUGGGAAUAAUGUCUACACACUGUAUAUUUCACAUGUAUGCAACAGCAUUACCGAGGAUCAUUUAACAGCUGCCAAACCUAGACCUAUUAUAAAUACCAGGAUGGUUGAGGAAACCGCUGGAUGGGUGUGGAUGGAGUAGGAAUGUCGACAUAAAUUACCUUAUCAUUAUAGUUGUACUGUGUGCAUUUCUCUUAAAAUGACAGAAUUUCUUUACAUUUAUGGUUAUAGGUAUUGUUAUAGUUAACGUUCUUGGUGUGAAUGGGCCUUUAUAUUGCUAUUACACAAUUGUAUCAAUAAAUACAACCAUGGAAUUUC